AUUGUAACUAACAGAUAAGAUCGAAAGAAUAAACAUGAGCGAGGACAAAGUAGGUUCAUUAGUGGAAGAAGCUUUAAAACGCAAAGAACGUUUGCAAGCACUUAAAAAAAAGAAUGAAGAAGGCAAAGAUGCAAAGGCAGAUUCUCCCAGUAAAUUACCAAUGCCAAAAUUUCGUAGUUAUAAGCCACAAGACGAAAGUCUCAAGGAGAAGGUUUUGGAAGAUGCAAAACCGGGCGAUGUUGAAACAGAAGUUCAAGAUCAAUUAAGCGCUGCAAAAACUAAAGUUGUUAUCGAAGAACUUGAUAUAAGUAAUUUGGCUCCACGUAAGCCAGAUUGGGACUUAAAAAGAGAUGUUUCUAAGAAAUUGGAAAAAUUAGAAAGGAGAACUCAAAAGGCAAUUGCUGAAUUAAUCAGAGAACGUCUUAAACAAGACCAACAUAAUUUAGCGACGAUGGUAAAUAUGAUGAUGGUAAAUACGAUAGAAAAAGAGGAACAAAAUAGAACUUUGCAGUAAUAUAUAUUACUGUUAUUAUUCUCUUUUUUUUUUUUUUUUAAGUAAUUAUUCCAUGAAUGAAUACAUGAUAAACCAUUAAUGUGUUCGUUAUACUAAUAAAAUUUUUCUUUCUUUCUUUUUUUUUUUUUUUAUACAAAAGUGAAUAAUAGACCGUAUAAUUUUUUAAUUAUCCUUAGCUUUAUUAUUAAUAUUAUAUUAUAGAAUAGAUUAAAUAUAUAUAUAUAUAGAAAUACAAAAUAAUAAGACGUUCUAAGAUGAAUUUACUAUAUAAGAAUUUAUUACAUAAAUACUUACACAUUUACAGCAUUAUCGUAAUAUUUAAAUCAUGAGGAUAUGUAACAGUAUGGAUUCUAUUUAUUUAUUUAUUUAUUUAUUUUUUUUAUUUUGUAAACUUAAUUGUCACAAAAUAUGAAUAAAAAUGAUGAAAAUAUGAAAGCAUACAUAUCAUGUGCACAAUUGAUUGAAUAGAUAUCAUUUAAAAUCAUUUAAAAAAAUAAAGAUAUAUGUAUAUAUAUAUAUAUAUAUCGUCAGAGUUAUUAAAACAAGUAUCAGGAAUCAUACGUGACAUUUUAACGAUAACGAUCUAUUAUCAUCCGAAUAAAAUAAUUUAUAUAAUUUUAAUUCUAUAAAAUAAUCUUCUCCGUAAACUCUGAGGAAGUGCAAUUAUUAUACGCUAUGACUAGAUAUACACAUUUUUUUAUAUUUAGAUUGUUGCGAAAAGUGUUGAAACGACAAAGAGUAUCAACAUAGUUAUAUCGCUACGUAUAUAAUGUCCACCGUUGUGCUUAUUUUUUCCAUUUUCAUUGUUUAUUGGUACGUCGUUGUUUGCAUUAAAUAUAUUAUGAUAAACCAGUCGAUCUGAUAAAGGUUGUACCGGUCGGAAAUUAUGUGUUAAUUUGUUACCAUCGGAUGUACAGAGGUUACGAAAAGCAGCCAACUAAAAUUUAAAUCUCAUCUUUAUAAGAGUAUAUAUAAUACUUUAAGAUGAAGAACAGACAGAGAAAAAACAAACAAACAAAAAAGAAAAGAGAAAAUCAAUAACUAUAAAAAUAAUUCAAUAUACCUGAUUGUGAGAUAAUAACUGAGGAUCUUUAAAAUCUACCCACGUAACAACUUCUAAACAAGGUGGAGUAGUUAAAGAGCCAUUGUACGUAAAAUAAUUUUGCAUUGUUGAAAUAUUCGUUAUUAAUAAAUGUUCCAAUAAUAAUGGCUCCUUAAGUUCAUGCUUACUAUUAACUUCUUCUAUCGUUGGUAAUGCUUCAACUAUAGGUUUGUAUGUUGGAUUCUCUUUAUCGGCUACCUGCGUAAAAUAUUAAAACGUGUAUGGUAUUAUGAUGGGAUAUAACUUCAUUAAAAUGCAAAGCAUUUUUACCUCAUAGAAAUAUGCAAAGACGGCAAGUCCAUCCGGAUGUUUCAUCGCCUCGGUCAUCGACUUAUAAUCCUGUUUAUAAAAUACAGCAUGGAGUUCCAUAGCGAACGAAUGAUUAUUGAUUUGAUCUUCAGACCCUUUAGUAUCAUUCUCACCCCAAUGAAAAUGAAGUUGUUCGAAAAUGUAAUUGUUGUCACCAAGAGGUCCACCAGAAACGAUAGCCGGUUCUAACUCAUUCGUCUUAAUCAUCACUGAUUCAGUAAAAUCAAAUUAUUUUAUUACGCAAGUGGAUCUUCUUUCAUGUUUUAUUGAGAUUAAGAAAAAAAAAAAAAAAAAAUAAUAAAAAUUU